AUGUCAACUCCAAUCAAGCAUGUUGCUCUUGCAGGUGCGAACGGUUUCUUAGGACGUGUUCUUCUUGAUGUCCUACAGAGGUCGAAAUUAUUUGAGCUCACUGUUCUCACUCGUGAGGGGUCUCGCCACGAAUUCCCUGCUGGCGUUACAGUGAAGAAAGUCGACUACGAGUCAGUCCCCAGUCUCGAAGCUGCCCUCAGAGGACAAGACGCUCUUGUUUCAGCCUUGGCAUUCGACGUAAUCCAUAUUCAGAGGAACGUUGUCGAUGCAGCUUUCAACGCCGGCAUACGAAGAAUGAUUCCAUCCGAGUACGGUAAUGACACCAUGAACCCCAAGCUAGCCGUCAUACCCAUCUACCAGCCCAAGAUUGCAAUUCGCAAGUACCUCGAUGAAAAGGUAGCUGCAAGGCCAUCAUUCUCGUACACCAUCAUCAUGAAUGUCUCCUUCUUGGCGCCUGGGUACGCACUUGACUUUCUUGUGGAUGUCAAGGGCAAGAAAGCUCACAUCAAGGAUGGCGGCAAUGUCAAAUUCUGUGCAACGACCAUGCCGCAUAUCGGACAAGCCGUCAUUGGCAUCCUCACUCAUCUCGAGGAGACAGCAAACCGUCCGGUAAAGAUUAGCAGUGUUGAGACGACACAAAAUGAGAUCGUUGAGAUUUCCAAAAGCAUUGAUCCAACAGGGGAAUGGGAAGUCAAGCAUUCGAGAACUGAGGACUUGGAGAAGAUCGCUCACGAGAGAUGGAGCAAGGGGGACCACAGUGAAGAAGUGGUUGAAAUGUUCAUUAACCGUGCUUUCAUUGGCACAGAGGCUGGUUAUUUCCCUGUGACUGACAACAAGCUGCUCGGCAUUGAACCGAUAGGCAGAGAGGGGCUAGAGCAGAUUAUCAAGACUGCUAUCAAAGGUUGA